CCACCACCCCACUCGGGCGCCUGGUCUGCUGCACAGUUGGCGAUGACUCAAGUGCCAAAACGCGCACAAAGUCGACGACCCUCUUUUCCUUCUAUCUUGCGUGACGAGCUGGCCCAGGCAUGCUGUUUGUGAUCAGCAAGAUCCGUCCCGCGUUGAUUCGAGCCGCUGUCGCACGCCCUGGCCUGACGCUAUCGAAUUCACUCUCCCUCUCCGGUCCGAGAAACUUUGCGACGUCGCGAUCCUUGCAGACAUCACCCCUCGCGUUCGACCCCGCGGUGCAGGACCAAGAACACACAAUGGCGACUCAAGAAGGAGGAAAGGAGGGCAAAAAGUCCGGUGGCGGCGUCACGCUCAAGACGCCCAAAGGCACACGCGACUGGGCCGGCGAGGACAUGCUCUUGCGAGACGACGUCUUGUGCGAGCUUCCACCCCAAGACUGCGGCCCAAGUCCAACGCUGACAAGCUUCCAGCAAGACAAUCACCGACAUCUUCAAACGCCACGGCGGCAGCCCCCUCGAUACACCCGUCUUUGAGCUCAAGGAGAUUCUCGCCGGCAAGUAUGGCGAGGACCAGCGUCUCGUGUAUGACCUGGGCGACCAAGGUGGCGAGAUUUGCUCCUUACGAUACGACCUGACGGUUCCUUUCGCCCGCUGGCUGGCCAUGAACAACGUCCAGCAGAUCAAGCGCUACCACCUCGCCAAGGUCUACCGUCGCGACCAGCCUGCGAUUGCCCGUGGCCGGUAUCGCGAGUUCCACCAAUGCGAUUUCGACAUUGCUGGUGUUUACGAUCCCAUGAUUCCCGACGCCGAAAUUCUGCGCAUCAUUGUUGAGGUCUUCGAAGCACUCGACCUUGGCAUCACCAUCAAGCUCAACCAUCGCAAGAUCCUCGACGGCAUGUUUGCUGUUGCCGGCGUACCGGCCGAGAAGACCCGUACCAUCAGCUCUGCCGUCGACAAGCUGGACAAGAUGGCAUGGCCAGAAGUCAAGAAGGAGAUGGUCGAGGAGAAGGGGCUCGCCGAGGAGGUCGCAGACCAAAUUGGCGAAUACGUGCUGAACAAGGGCACGGUCUCCCAGAUGGUUGAUUAUAUUCGAGGAAACGAGAAGCUUAUUGCCAACGAGACUGUCAAGGCUGGCGUUGAUGACAUGGCCCUGCUCGGCACUUACCUGGACGCCAUGGAGGUGUCGGACAAGAUCACAUUUGAUCUGUCUCUGGCGCGUGGUCUGGACUACUAUACCGGCUUGAUCUACGAGGUCAUCAACCUCCCGCCAAAAGAGGACGAGACGAGCGGUAAGAAGAAGCUCAAGAAGGAUGACCCGGCAAACCAAGUUGGCAGCAUAGCGGCCGGCGGUCGCUACGACAACCUGGUGGGCAUGUACGGGAAAAAGACGAUUCCCUGCGUCGGCAUCUCGUUUGGUGUGGAUCGCAUUUUCACCAUUCUCAAGGCCAGACGCGAGAGAGAGAACGCCGCCAAGACGCGCACCACGGAUGUGUACGUCAUGGCCUUUGGUGGCAAGGAAUUCAAUGGCCUGCUGCCAGAGCGCAUGUCGGUUGCGAGCCGACUAUGGAAGGCAGGCAUUCGCGCCGAAUUCUCGCCCAAAGUCAAGCCCAAGCUGCCCCAGCAGUUCAAAGCUGCCGAGGACAGGGAUGUGCCGCUGGGCAUCAUCCUUGGCCAGGAUGAGCUUGCGGCCGGACAGGUGCGGUUGAAGCAGCUUGGCCAGGGCACUCAGGCCGGGGCAUCAGGUGAUGACGAUAACAGAGGCAAGCUGGUGAGCCUGGAUGAUCUGGCGGAGGAGGUUAAGAAACUGUUGCUAUAGACGAUUUGCUAGAGCCAAGAACUGGAAGAGAACGGCAUAGACGAAUGUUCGCAUGCAAUGGAUGGCCCGCCUGCCCAUGGCUUCUGUUUGCUGUGCUUCGCGUCAGUUCUGCGCGUCAAUUGGAGAGAGCCGUAGGACCGUUUGACCUAUACUUAUGAAUGAUAUCAAUGGGAUGACAAUGGCAAAAUUUCCCCAAGC